UCAAAACUGAAUGAAGCUGCCACCAUGGACGCACAGCAAAACCUGACGGUAAAGCAAAAGGCGAUGGUCGAAGCUCAUUGCCAUGGGAUCGAUGAAUUUCUGGCAAAAUUCAAAGAAAGUCAAAAAUUAGAGGCUGUUACCUUCAUCGAUGAUCGGAACAUACUCGGCAUGAUCUACCAUCUGAAAACUGGGGACGCCAAAUCGGCCAUUCUCAAAUACUUGGUCUCUUAUGAUGAAAUCUUUGAGAUAUUUACGCUGGUUUGGAAGAGCCGUGUAAAAGCAAACAUCUCCACUUUCCUCAACUCACAGACGUUGUGGACUUUCUCGUAUAGUAUUAGCAAUCUAACGGAUUGUUCGGAAGAGUUGUGCUAUGCCUUUGGCGAGAAGGGUCUUCUAACUUUGCUCUUUCACGAUCUCAAGACGGGAACUCUCGGCGACAGGCACAUCAGUUACGCACUGACGAUCAUCUACAACUGCUGCUGGAAAGUUUCCGAGAACAGAGUGAUAUGUCAGGAGUUCGUUGAUACCCUCCAGGAGUGUUCACAAUCGAAGAACCCAGAGAUCCAGGCCGAUGCCUUCUUGGCGCUUUCCUACAUCGUCGACAAAUCAGAAGUUCAUAAGAUAUCCCUGAAUGAACCGUGUCUGAAGUUCCUCCUGUUGACACUUAAGUCAGCCAUGAGUGAACCAGGUCGCCGGUUUCACGGCUACUCGACACUCGAGGUCCUUCAAGGCCUCAACCAGCUGGCCAUCAACGACUGCAACAAGCUUCUCAUCGUAAAACUUAGUGGGAUAGACGUCCUGGAGCGAAUCUUGAUGGAAGAAGGAUCGAGCAACGAAGAAAAGCGUUGGGCUGCCCGAGGAAUAUGGCAACUGGCUUUCAAAGAAGAGAACAAAGUCAAGAUACACCAACGCACAACACUCCUCAACGCGCUGGAGAAGAUUAAGGAAACGACUGAAGAUUAUGAUAUCAAGGACGCCUGCUCGGGUGCACUCUUCGUCAUCAAUGACGUGUUGGACAUCGAUGACGAGUUCAAGGGUCACAUCCCUACACGUGGAGAUGGUGGUCACAGUUCGGUGAAGAAUGAGGUAUCGUCUGGUCAUGUGGAGGGUCAUAUUAUGAUUAGCUACCAGCAUGCGAGCCAGGAGCGAAUGCUGCAAGUCAAGUGCCAUCUUGAAGAAUCUGGAUACAACGUAUGGAUGGAUGUGGACAAAAUGAAAGGUGACAUACUGGAUUCCAUGGCCAAGGCAGUCCAGAGAGCUUCGGUCGUACUGGUUUGCAUGAGUCAUAAAUUCAAAGAGAGUCAACACUGCCGUACAGAAGCGACUUACGCCUACACUCUAAAGAAAGACAUAAUUCCCCUGAUGCUUCAGGAUCAAUUCACACCAGAGGACUGGCUCGGUGCCCUCAUGGGAAUGAAGAAGUAUUACCCUAUGUUUUCAGACGAUCUCAUGAGACAGUGCCUACCCGAUCUGGUCUCUGAGCUAAGCGAUAGAGGCAAACGUGAGAAACUAGAUCUGGUUUUGCCAUUGGAUGAUGAAGUCACAGGUGCAAGCAAUCCAACAUCCCAUGCUCAAAGGCAACGGGAUGGAACAGCGGAAGAUGCCGUAGACUGUAGUGGAGGAAACAAAGAUGACAAACCAACAGGCAAUGGAGACGAGGGGAAUUCCCGCUCGCAGACAACGGUAGAUCUGGGCAAGUGGGAUGAAAAAAAAGCGGGAGAAUGGCUGAGAUCGUAUGGCAUUGAUACGAGCAAAGAUAGUUCAAAGAAGGUAGAUGGCACCCGCUUGAAGCAGAUCAAGAAACUGCUAAAUCUAGCUCCAGAAUUUUGCCUGAAGUCUCUGAAAGACGAAUUGGGUCUUUGCUUAUGGGACGUCCUCGCGCUAGUAGAUGCGUUAGAGAAACUCUAAAUUUGUAGAGUUUUAGCAUCAUUCAUUAAUAGAUGCAAAUGCAAUAGAUGUACAUGCUGAGAGCAUUGCUAUGGGAGCAGUGGGGCGAGGAAAUGAGCACUGCCUUAGCCAUCACAAUAUUCAAAAAAAUGAUUCAAAGCAACGAACACUGGGACAUAAUAUUGAUGAACAAUCCGUUUGAUAAAAUUAUGCAUUAUAUAAACAACUAUCAGGACCAACUUGAUGAGCAAUUAAUUAAGCUAAUGGGCUGGUAUGAGAGGGGUUGUCAUAUUCUUGUGUGCACUCUAACUGUCAUAUUCCUUGACGCAUUUCUUUCAAAUUUUGUAUGGAGGCGUAUCUUGGUAUAAUCUACACCGUAUCGGGACACCUAAGAAGCUCAGAGGUAUUGGGCAAUAAAUAACGGUCAGAUGAGCAUAUUUUUAUACCUUUUUUGUGACACUCGCAGAACACAUAUAAGUGUUGGGUCCAGAGGGCGGAGCCCCAAGAAGCUCACAGGUUUUAUA